AUGUUUUCAGGAAUGUUAACGCCAGUAUUUCACAUUGAUCAAACGCCAGAAUGGAUUAUCAUUCAAAUUUAUGCACCCUACGCUAAUGUGAAAGAUACUGAGGCAGAAUAUUGUGACCUACAAUUCUUUUUCACUUCGAAGCCAUAUUUCUUAAAGUUAUAUUUACCUGGUGAAUUAGCUGAAGAAGAUAUUACCGGCACAUAUGACUGCGAUAAAGGAUCGUUUACAUUCAAAGCUCGGAAGAAAAAUAUUGGUGAAUUCUUCCCUAAUUUAGAUUUAGUGAAUCAGUUACUAAAACCAUCAGAUAUCCAUGCAAAACGGUUGGUAGAAGAAAUUGAUGAAGGUAGAGAUAUUUUGGACAAUGUCUCUUUUGAACAAGAAAAUUCCCAAACACUGAAUGGCAGCAUGGUUGACGAUUUUAUGGAUGAGAAAUGUAAACUCUACGGUUACGGUUUUGCUUGCAGUCGUUGCGGUAUUAUUGGAAAAUUUAGCGCAGAAAUAAACAACCUUUUCGAUUUGGAAGAUCCUGAAAAUUCACUAAUUGACGAAAGGCUUAUGGAUUGUUUAAGGCAUGAUCAGUUGAAGUUCAAUGCCGAUCAUUAUAUUGCUGAUCAGUUUGAGAAGAAUCCUUUAUUGGAUGAAUGUUUACAGUUUGAAUAUCCUGAAACGACGUUUGAUUUAUCUUUCAAAAGUCGUGAUCAUUUGAAAGAUUUGCCCAGAAAACUAUUUCCCAAAUACUCGUCUAAUUUAGAAAAAACAAUUGCGUUAUCUCUGAUAGAUAUUAUUUUUGCUUAUUUAUAUGAUAUGAGGACUACAUGCGGCGAGCAUUCCUCUGAAUCUGGUUGGACGAUUACAAAGUUGAGUCCUAGUCUCAGUUAUUUGGUCAGAUGGAAGACAGUGAAGGAAUCUAUACUAGGUGCUGUAAGAAGAUCGUUGUGUUUUCCUCUUUAUCGGCACUGGGAUUUAUCUAUGAAAGUAUUAGACGAUUUGAAAUUUCUCCUCAGCAAAGGUAGGGUGACGUUGUUGCAGUGUCUUGUCGAUGUGCAUAUGAUUUUAUCAACAAGUGGUGACUAUCGUUAUCUGUUGAAUGACUUAUUUAUAACUGAUUAUUGUUUAUGGAUUCAAUGUGCCUCAGACAAUGUUGUGUCAUGGUUACAGUGCGAGUUGAAUCGUUUAAUUUUGAAAAAAAUUGAUGUCCAGUUAGAUCUGGAAGAAGUGGAGAUGGAAGCAAAGUUGCUGACUUUGCACAUAGAUACUGGAAAUUACGAUUCUGAGGAUUCAGAUGAUGGUUCUUCCGAGGUUAAUAUUCGGGAGACAAAUCAAAUCGUAAACAGCUAUACAUAG